UAUUUUUUAACCAAAGCUGCUGGGUUUUGCUGUGGAUCAGGUGAAAAAUGCUGGCAAAGGGCUUUGGGAUUUUGGGUUUCCUCCAUGCUUUGCCCUUCCUGGUUGGCAUGGCUGCCCUCCUUGGGCUCUUACCGGUGCUUCACAGCCAUGGUUUGGAGCCCCAGCACAUUAUGGCAACUUCACCCUCUCAUAUCUACCCCAAAAUUAUCCAUGGGGCUGUAAUGGAGGAGAUCACUUCUUCACCACCUGCCUCUCAGGACGGUUAUCCCGGGGUUAAACAUCCCACCAAUAAUUCCUUGGAUGGACAUGGCAAGAGGCGAAAGAUUUUUCCUGUUCUGGACGUGGACUACAAGCAUGUACGGAUACCCUUUGAAAUUGCGCUCUGGAUCCUGCUGGCGUGCCUCAUGAAACUGGGAUUCCAUGUUAUCCCAACAAUCUCUAAUAUAGUUCCAGAAAGCUGCUUGCUCAUCGUGGUAGGACUGCUCGUUGGAGGACUUAUCAAGGCUGUAGGAGAGGACCCCCCGAUCCUACAGUCGAACAUCUUCUUCCUUUUUCUUCUCCCACCCAUAAUCCUGGAUGCUGGCUACUUCCUGCCCUUGCGCCAGUUUACCGAGAACUUGGGCACCAUCCUGAUGUUUGCAGUGCUGGGGACGUUGUGGAAUGCCUUCUUUGUGGGUUCGCUGUUGUAUGCUGUGUGCCAGAUCGAUGUGACUGGUUUAAGCCACAUCGGCCUCUUGGCCAACCUACUUUUCGGGAGCAUCAUCUCAGCUGUGGACCCUGUGGCAGUGCUGGCUGUGUUUGAAGAGAUCCACAUCAAUGAGCUCUUGCACAUCUUGGUGUUUGGAGAGUCGUUGCUGAAUGAUGCUGUCACUGUGGUCCUCCACCACCUUUUUGAUGAGUACGCCACCUUUGACAGAAUCACUUUCACGGACAUCAUCCUGGGCUUCCUCAGCUUCUUCGUGGUAUCCCUGGGGGGUGUCUUUGUCGGGGUGAUCUAUGGCAUCAUCGCUGCCUUCACCUCCCGCUUCACUUCUCACAUCCGUGUCAUUGAGCCUCUCUUCGUCUUUCUCUACAGCUACAUGGCAUACCUGUCAGCAGAACUCUUUCACCUUUCGGGCAUCAUGGCGCUCAUUGCUGCUGGGGUGGUCAUGCGCCCUUAUGUGGAGGCCAACAUCUCCCAUAAAUCCCACACCACCAUCAAGUACUUCCUGAAGAUGUGGAGCAGCGUCAGUGAGACCCUCAUUUUCAUCUUUUUGGGUGUCUCCACUGUGGCUGGGCGGCACCGCUGGAACUGGACCUUUGUCAUCUGCACCCUGAUUUUUUGCUUGAUUGCCAGGGUCUUAGGUGUCCUUGGAUUGACUUGGUUCAUUAACAAAUUCCGCAUUGUGAAGUUGACCCCGAAGGAUCAGUUCAUCAUCGCCUAUGGUGGCCUGCGAGGGGCCAUCGCCUUUUCUCUGGGUUACCUCAUAGAGGAGACACAUUUUGACAUGAGAGAAAUGUUCCUCACAGCCAUCAUCACAGUCAUCUUCUUCACUGUGUUUGUGCAGGGUAUGACCAUCCGUCCUUUGGUGGACCUUCUAGCAGUGAAAAAGAAGCAGGAGACCAAGCGGUCCAUCAAUGAGGAGAUUCACACGCAGUUCCUGGAUCAUCUUUUGACUGGGAUUGAGGAUAUAUGUGGCCACUAUGGCCAUCACCACUGGAAGGACAAGCUGAAUCGCUUCAACAAGAAGUACAUCAAGAAGUGCCUGAUCGCAGGGGAGAGGUCCAAAGAGCCCCAGCUGAUUGCCUUUUAUCACAAGAUGGAGAUGAAGCAGGCCAUUGAGCUAGUGGAGAGUGGGGGCAUGGGCAAAAUCCCCUCUGCUGUCUCUACGGUCUCCAUGCAGAACAUCAAUCCGAAAGCCUUACCUGUGGAACGUAUCCUUCCAGCACUCUCUAAAGACAAAGAGGAGGAGAUCCGGAAGAUCCUGCGCACCAACUUGCAGAAAACCAGGCAGAGGCUACGAUCGUACAACCGGCACACCUUGGUGGCAGAUCCUUAUGAAGAAGCGUGGAACCAGAUGUUGCUGAGGAGGCAGAAGGCUCGGCAGCUUGAACAGAAGAUAAACAACUACCUGACGGUCCCAACUCACAAAAUUGAUUCGCCGACCAUGUCAAGGGCACGGAUUGGCUCAGACCCUCUGGCAUACGACCCCAAGCCAGACUCGGAAAACCUCCCCAUCAUCACCAUUGACCCCGCCUCGCCACAGUCUCCAGAGUCUGUCGACUUGGUGAACGAGACACUGAAAGGGAUGAGCCACCUCCCGCCAUCCCCAGAGGAAGAGGAGGACCAGGAAGGGCUGGUGAUGCGGACCAAGGAGCCUUCCUCUCCGGGCACAGACGAUGUGUUCACCCCAGGGGCCAACGACAGCCCCAGCAACCAGCGGAUGAUGCGAUGCCUGAGUGACCCUGGGCCUAGGCCGGACCCUGAGGAAGAAGACCCCUUCAUUCCAAAAGGGCAGUGAGGGCUAGGUGCACUACUUGAUCUGACCUGUAGGGGGACCUUUCUGCACAUACUCAUACAGGCUCUCCCUUCCCUCUUCAUUUUCCUCCUCUCUCUCUCUCUUGCUCUGCAUUUUGGAGGCUUUUGUUUCUUUGUUGGGAGGUUCGGAACACGUCUGGCUAGCUGAGCACCUUUGCUGAGAAAGCAAGAGUCAUAGCAGCCAGCACGAUUUCCUUCUCCUGAGGGGGAAAAAGGCCAGUCCUCCCGUCUCCACGUCAGGGCUGUGCUUUGCCCCACCGCCUUGUCCCCUCCCCACAGUGCCAAGAGAUGACUUUCCUUUGGAUGCCCGAAGCCUCCAUUUGCACUUCAGCAAGCCCCUUUGUUCCCUACCAGACUCCCCAGAGAAGGUGAGGAGAUUCUGGUUCAGUUUCUGUCAGGAGUAGCAUUGUCUGGAAGUGGAAGGUGCGCCAUAUCUGCCAGCUACCCUUUUGCAUUCUCAUGGAAAUGUGCCUGACACUAAAAGGGAAACUGGCCUCCUGGGGCUGGUGCCUCAUGGGAUUCUGAGUGAGCCUCUCUUCUCCUUGAUCCUCUGGGUGUAACAGAUCUCCCACUCGUCUGCUAAAGAGUAUCCUUGAAACCUCUGAGGCAAAGUUUGAAAGCAACCCAGUUGAACAUUGGAGCACCGCUGGUUCAGAGAGAUGUUUCGGCUCAUGGCGUCUCAACAUUGCCUGGUGCCUCCAUUCCCUGCCAAGCCAAAUACCACCUUUUCCGACAAUUCAGGUUUUUAGUCUUGAGGAUGAUCAGGUGGUGGCUGCCGCCCUAAGCUUUCGGGUGUUCUGAAGAGAAACCCCAAUUCCACUGAGCCAGAGAAAAGUUCCUUUUGCUUUCUAAUCUUCCGAACUUGACGCUUGCCUGGAUUUUUUGUUUUGUUCAUUUCACAAGUGGAAUUGAGCCAUUUGCUCCCACACAAAGGGUGCUCUGGGCACCAGAUUUGGAUGAGGCUGUGGUAGGAUGCCUGUCCCCGGUGCCCCCCACCCUUGUCCAGCUUCACCUGGCCAUACUCACAAGCCAGCCCCACCUGUUCGAAUCUGCACAAGAAAUAUUCUCUCUGCUGAUUUGCUUCAACACC